AAGAUCAAAAUGAGCUUCACCAACCCCAUAAUUCCAGGCUUUAACCCCGAUCCCUCCAUUGUUCGGGUUGAUCGCGACUUUUUCUUGGUGACCUCAACGUUUGAAUACUUUCCCGGUGCCCCUAUUUAUCAUAGCCGGGAUCUGAUAAAAUGGAAGCUUAUUGGUCACGCAUUAACAAGACCGAGCCAACUUCAAAUUCACACUCCAGAGCCUGGAGGUGGCGUGUGGGCUACUACAAUUCGAUAUCAUAACGGCGUGUUCUACGUCGUUACGGCUAGCUUCCACCGGUAUCGUCCCCAGGAUGAUGACCGGGUCUGGCCGCAGGGAUUUUAUGUCGAAACAAGUAACAUAUGGGAUGAUACCACUUGGUCGGAUCCUGUUUACUUUGAUCAAGUUGGAUUUGAUCAAGACCUUUUUUGGGAUGACGAUGAGACCGUAUACCUUUCAUCUACCUAUCGCAAGCUACAGCCGACUCCUGGAGCUAAACUCAAGGAUUUCGCCAUUCACAUCUGCACCGUUGAUCUGGAAACUGGACACUCAACAUCUGAGCCCAAACUAAUUCGCGAGUCUUCUUCUGGAGUUGCAGAAGGCUCCCAUAUUUUCAAGCGCGGCCAAUACUGGUAUCUUUUCACGGCCGAGGGUGGCACUGAGAGCGGACAUUGUGAAUGGGUCAGUCGCAGUGAAAAUGGCCCACUUGGUCCUUGGGUGUUGGGGCCCAAUAAUCCUCUCUGGCGGAAUGGGUUGGACGACGAAGUACAAAACACAGGACAUGCAGAUCUAGUCGAAGAUGCAAAAGGCAAUUGGUGGGCAGUGCUGCUUGGUGUUCGACCUGUGCGAAAAGAGGGUGAAUGGGAAGAUUCUGUCCUUGGUCGAGAAUCAUUCCUCGUUCCAGUGUCAUGGGAAAACGACUGGCCGGUCAUAAAUGGAGGAAAUAAGAUUACGCUUCAAUCAGCCGGUCCGGGUCUCUAUCAUCACGACAUACCCGUAGAAUGGAAAGAUGACUUCUCCGGCCCAAAUAUGCAAUUGGGAUGGUACAGGAAGAACACCCCGUUCACAUCCGACUUCUCGUUGAGCGAGCGACCUAAUCAUCUUCGGCUUUAUGGCGGGCCAUAUAAUCUCUUUGUUCCGGCUUGUCCAACAUUAUUUCUGCGCAAGCAGACCCAUCUUGUCUGCACCUGGCAGACAAAACUAUCAUUCAGCCCAAGCUCAGAGGACACAGAGGCAGGCACUGUUCUUUGGUGGAAUUAUUUCACGUAUACCAGUCUAGGAAUUCGCAAGCAAGGCGAAAAGCGAAUUAUCCGGUUUCAGUCAUCCGAGGGAAAGAUAGCGGAAGAGGAGAUAGACUUGGACUUGGAAGUGUUAUUAACUAUUGAGUCUGGUAGCGAGUAUCGUUUUGGAUAUCGUCAGCAGGAGCUUGCCGAGCCAAGAUGGAUUGGGACUAUCUCUAACAAAGCAGCGACGAAAGCACCUCCCAUUGGUGCUUCUUUCACUGGGAUGAUGUUUGGGUUAUAUUCCUUUGGUGAGCGCCAGAGAGUCUUGACCCCUGCGGAUUUUGAAUAUGCGCAAAUUUCAUAG